AUGUCCUCGCGCUGGACCAGCGUGCUUUCGCUACUCCUUCUCAUUUCAAACCUCCUCGUCGGAUUCGUUGAAGCUGCGACGGACGAUAAAACACGUUUAGGGAAUAGUACAAUUGAUAGGACUGUCCAGCUACGGACACACUCGCUAUAUGCCCCAUACAUUGACCAGGAUUUGCAAAAUCGUUGGUGGGACUUUGGCGCGGAUGCAUACGUGAACACGUACAAGCACAUUCGUCUAACGAGAAAUGUCCCAUCUCAAAUGGGCUGGUUAUGGUCUCGCCUCGCUCUGACCGCAGCAAACUUUGUCAUCGAGGCGGAGUUCAAGAUUUCUGGAGACUCCUCACAUCUUUACGGCGAUGGUGUGGCCCUGUGGCUAACGACCGACAGGGCUCAACCUGGCCCAGUCUUUGGGAGCAUAGACCAAUUCAAUGGUCUUGGAAUUUUCCUCGACACAUACGCAAAUGGACGCCACACAUAUUCUUUCCCCAGAAUCGUUGGUAUACUGGGUGACGGCAAGACAAAGUACGACCUGGCCAACGACGGAGACUCUCAAGCUAUCGGCGCAUGCUCUGCAAACUUCCGCAGAACAAACGUCGCCACAAAGCUGAAAGUCACAUAUGUUAAAGACACAUUCCUUGAUGUCAAGAUCCAACACAAAGCUUGGGACGACUGGUCCGAUUGCUUCUACAUCAAAGACAUCUCCCUCCCCGCAAACCCCUUCCUUGGCUUCUCCGCUAUGACUGGCGACGUGUCCGAUGCACAUGACAUCAUAUCAGUAACCACCUACUCCGCCAUCCUCACUUCACCCGACUCUCCUCGCGAUAAACACAGCAAACCAAGGAAAAACCCCUUUAGAAAGUCCGCCUCGGAAGACGAAGACGAAGAAGGUUCAUGGCUGGGCUUCCUGUUCAAGCUUGUCUUGUUCGGAGGCGUGUGCGCUGGUGGAUUCUAUGGGUACAAGGAGUACCAGCGAAGACAGCGAUAUGGUGGUCGUGGUGGCUUUGGUGGGCUGGGAAUGGGAGGCGGAGACAGCUUUGGGAAUAUUUACUCCAACAGCAAGCGAUUCUAA